AUUCUUUUAAAGGGUCUAAGAAGUCCUCAGGAGAGUGUUCAUGACCUCAGUCCUAUUGAAAGCUUUCGGAUUCCUAGUAAGGAGGACCUCAGAGAAGUAUGUGAAGAACCAACUGAUCCUCAAGCUCAGCAAGAAAUAAUUAACAGCAUUGAGGAAGUUUAUUUUUCUAAUGAUUCCUUUGAUAUUGUAAAGUAUGAGUUAGAGAGGCUUCCUCCAGUACUUAGUCUUCAAGAACUGGAAGAGUACAGAGACAAAUUAAAACAACAGCAGGCUGCUGUAUCUAAGAAAGUUGCAGACUUGAUUCUUGAAAAACAGCCUGCAUAUGUUCAGGAACUUGAACGUGUUACAUCAUUGCAGACUGGCCUUCAGUUAGCAGCUGUUAUUUGCACAAAUGGAAGAAGACACCUGAAUAUAGCAAAGGAAGGCUUCACACAAACUAGUUUGGGGCUUCUUGCAAAUCAAAGGAAACGACAGUUGCUUAUUGGACUGCUAAAGUCUCUGAGAACAAUAAAAACACUGCAAAGAACUGAUGUGCGUUUGAGUGAGAUGUUGGAGGAAGAGGACUAUCCAGGAGCUAUUCAGCUGUGCUUAGAGUGCCAGAAGGCUGCCAGCACUUUCAAACACUACAGUUGUAUAAGUGAGUUGAAUUCAAAACUGCAAGACACCUUGGAACAAAUAGAGGUAAGAAUUAAUAUACUGAUGUUUAGUAUAAGUAAUUUUGAGCUGGAACUUGGCAAGCUUUUUGUAAGAAGUCUGACAGCAAUGGACCAGUUACACAUGCACUUCACUCAAGCCAUUCACAACACUGUGUUUCAAGUAGUCCUUGGAUAUGUGGAGCUGUGUGCAGGAAACACAGACACCAAGUUUCAGAAGUUACAGUACAAAGACCUCUGUACGCAUAUUACAUCAGACAGCUACAUUCCAUGCCUUGCUGAUCUCUGCAAAGCCCUCUGGGAAGUCAUGCUCAGUUACUACCGAACCAUGCAGUGGCAUGAGAAUCAUGACCAAGAUGAAUCAACUGCUGUGUCUUCCGUUUCAGAUGGCAGCAAUGUGAUUGGAACUGAAGAGAGCAGUUUUGACCGCAGUUAUGUAAAAAAGAAAUUGGAACAUGGGCUUUCACGAAUAUGGCAGGAUGUUCAACUGAAGGUGAAAACCUAUCUUCUGGGAACAGAUCUGUCUAACUUCAAAUAUGACGACUUCAUAUUUGUACUUGAUGUUAUCAGCAGGCUGAUGCAAGUUGGGGAAGAAUUUUGUGGCAGUAAGUCUGAAGUUUUGCAAGAAUCUAUCAGAAAACAAAGCGUUAACUAUUUCAAAACAUACCACAGAACCCGUCUUGAAGAAUUAAGAAUGUUUUUGGAGAAUGAGACCUGGGAACUCUGUCCUGUGAAAUCAAGCUUUAGUAUUCUGCAACUUCAUGAAUUUAAGUUCAUGGAGCAGUCACGUUCCCCAUCUGUGUCACCUAGUAAGCAGCCUGCUUCAGCAAUUUCAACAACAGAAACAUUAUUUGAGCAGUACUGUAAUGGAGGAAACCCAUUUGAAAUUCAGGCUGACAGCAAAGAUGAUGAGACAGAAGAUGUGUUAGCUUCUAAUGGGUACGAAUCAGAUGAACAAGAAAAAAGUGCAUAUCAAGAGUACGAUAGUGACAGUGAUGUUCCUGAAGAGUUGAAAAGAGAUUAUGUGGAUGAGCAGACAGGAGAUGCCCCUGUGAAAAGUGUUUCUCGAGAAACUCUGAAGAGCAGAAAGAAAUCAGAUUAUAACCUCAAUAAAGUGAAUGCACCUAUCCUAACAAACACUACGCUGAAUGUAAUAAGGCUUGUUGGGAAAUACAUGCAGAUGAUGAAUAUUCUGAAACCAAUUGCAUUUGAUGUGAUCCACUUCAUGUCCCAGCUCUUCGAUUACUAUCUGUAUGCAGUCUAUACAUUUUUUGGCCGAAAUGACACGUUUGAAUCAACAGGGCUAGGCCUCAGUAGCAGCAGAUUACGCACCACACUGAACAGAAUCCAGGAGAGUCUGAUUGAUUUGGAGGUCUCUGCUGAUCCCCCAGGAACUCUCACAGCUGCUGAAGAGAGAAAGGAGAAGGUGCCAAGCCCACAUCUCAGUCAUCUCGUAGUUUUGACAUCUGGCAAUUCGCUGUAUGGUUUGGCAGAGAGAGUGGUGGCCACAGAAUCCUUGGUAUUUCUGGCUGAGCAGUUUGAGUUUCUUCAGCCUCAUCUUGAUGCGGUGAUGCCAGCUGCCAAGAAGCCUUUUCUUCAGCAGUUCUAUUCUCAGACAGUGUCAACUGCCAGUGAACUACGUAAACCAGUAUAUUGGAUUGUUGCUGCUAAAGCCAUUGAUUAUGAACAAAUGCUGCUUCUCAUGGCUAAUGUGAAAUGGGAUGUGAAGGAAAUAAUGUCACAACACAAUAUAUAUGUAGAUGCUCUUUUAAAGGAAUUUGAAGAAUUUAACAGAAGAUUGAACGAGGUGUCUAAAAGAGUCCGUAUUCCACUGCCAGUCUCCAACAUCCUUUGGGAGCACUGCAUACGCCUGGCCAAUAGAACACUCGUGGAAGGUUAUGCCAAUGUAAAGAAGUGCAGUAAUGAAGGACGUGCCUUGAUGCAACUGGACUUUCAACAAUUCUUAAUGAAACUGGAAAAGUUAACAGACAUUAGGCCUAUUCCAGAUAAAGAAUUUGUGGAGACCUACAUUAAAGCAUACUACCUAACAGAAAAUGACAUGGAACGCUGGAUAAAAGAACAUAGGGAAUAUUCCACUAAGCAGUUGGCCAACCUGGUGAAUGUUUGUCUGGGGUCCCACAUCAACAAAAAGGCAAGACAGAAGCUGCUAGCUGCUAUUGACGACAUAGACAGGCCUAAAAGAUAACUGGAGAAAGCUACUUUCCUUGUGACUUGCACCUUUUUCUGUUCAUGUGAAGCACGCAGACAAAUCUCUCGUGAACUAAUGACAACAUUCUCUUAAAAAAACAUUGUGCAUGACUUUUCUUACCAGCAUUGGAGACACUCUGAAGUGGCGUAAUGUUCUAAAAUAUGACUUUUCCAAUCUGUAGAAUUCUUUUCUGUUGUAUUUCUUCCUUUUUUUGUUUUGUUUUUGUUACUUGCCCUUAGUUAAGGGCCCCUGUUUGUGUAUCAUUGGUGAGCUGUAUAUUUUGCAAAACUGUAUACUGUAAGUAAAAUCAAAAUCAGAGAAAAACACAUUGGCUUAAUAUAUAGUUGAUACUCUUUUUUAACAAAAGGGUGGGCUACUUGAAAAUAUGAUUCCUUUCCUCCCUGCUUUCACCCUCAGAACAUGUGCUUUAUUAUGGACCAGUGUAAAAUGAAAGGAAAUGUACAAUAUUUGGUUGAUGUAACUUGCAUGUGGAUUAAGAGUGCAGAUCAGCUAAAUACUCUCACGUUAAAGCCUCCUAUCUUCAUAUGUAUUUAAACGUAUCUGUUUAUUUCAGAAUUAAUUUAGUCAUAUCAAAAUGAUUGA